UGCUGUUGUCUCCAGUGUCCUAGCAGGCCGUGGGCAGACAGGCAGUGGGGUCUGUGCAUCUUUGACGACGUGGUCGAGCACUGCAGCCCCUCUUCCUUUAAAUAUGCUGAACUCUUCCUGCGGGCCAUGGCCCUGUCGCUGUGUGACACCAGCCCRGAAGUGAGACAAGCUGCAGCCUACGGCGUGGGAGUCAUGGCUCAGUACGGAGGAGAGAACUACCGACCCUUCUGCACCGAGGCUUUGCCCACGCUGUUGGGCGUGAUCCAGUCUCCAGACUCCAAGGUCAAGGAGAACGUCAACGCCACAGAGAACUGCAUCUCAGCCGUGGGCAAGGUCAUGAGAUUCAGGCCUGAGUGUGCCAAUGUCAACGAGAUCCUUCCCCAUUGGCUCUCCUGGCUGCCACUCAACGAAGACAAGGAGGAAGCUGUGCACACCUUUGACUUCCUUUGUGACCUUAUCGAAAGCAACAAUCCUAUUGUCCUCGGACCAGACAAAUGGCAAAUCCUCCCAAGAUAUUUCCAGAUCCAUCGCUUUGAAAGGGCGUCGGCCAACGAGUCGUUCAAGAGUGAUGGACGCAUGCAGCAAGAGAUUGGCAAAUGUCAGAUCCGGCCCAAGUACAGGGAUCUGGCAUGA